GACCAAGGCCGUUGCGAGCCGGCAGGUGAAAUUAUUUCCCGCUAGAUUUCCACUUUCCCUGCUAGAAUUCCACUUUCCCUUUCGUGUUUGAUCGGAUUUGCCGCUGUGUAAGGACUGUGUGGAGUGCGGAGCGGCUGUGGGGACGGGGAUGUGCGAGAAUCUGGGCGAGAUCGCGGCGCCGGCGGCUACCGGCUUCGGGCUGGCACAGUGCUUCCGGCGGGACCGGCGGUACAACGGCCCGGACCAACACCCCGACAGACCCGGCAAGGAUCGUCCCAGCAAGGCACCUACACUACAGCGGGUCCCGGAGUGGGGCAAGGCGCUGUUAGCUGGAGGCAUCGCCAGUUGCUGUGCAAAAACUGCCGUGGCUCCGCUGGACAGAACUAAGAUCCUUCUGCAGGCCCACAACAGCCACUACAAGCAUUUAGGUAUUUUCUCGACGCUUGAGGCCAUCUGGAGACGCGAGGGCGUGCAGGGAUGGUACAAGGGCAACUGGUGUCAGAUGGUUCGAAUCUUCCCCUACGGAGCCGUGCAGUUCAUGGCCUUCGAACAGUUCAAAAAGGCCCUGACCCCCCGGUUGGACCACCCCCACCUGGCCAAGCUGCUAGCCGGCUCCCUCGGCGGCAUGGCUGCCGUGAUCCUGACCUACCCGCUGGACAUGGUCCGCGUCAGGCUGAUGUUCCAGGUCAAAGGGGAACACCUGUACGAGGGCAUCUGGCACACGUUCCGCACCAUCUGGGCGCAGGAGGGCGGAAUUAUGGCCUUCUACAGGGGCUUCGUACCAACUCUCAUUGGCAUGGUGCCCUACUCAGGUCUGUCAUUCUUCACCUUUGACACGCUGAAGCAGCUGCUGCUGGAGAGCGGACCUGCGAUAUUUCUGCAGCACGGCGGCGAGGGGGACCGGGCCCUGCGCGCACCCGUCAAUCUCGUGCUCGGGGGGGUCGCAGGCGCCAUCGCACAGACUGCAUCGUACCCGCUGGAUGUGACUAGGAGAAGGAUGCAGCUGGCCGUGAUCACUGCCAACGCCGACAAGUUCAGUGGCUGUGUGCAGACGUUACUGACCGUGUACCGGACGGACGGCGUGAAGCACGGUUUGUACCGCGGCAUCAGCGUGAACUAUCUCAGGGUCAUCCCGCAGGUCGCCAUGUCCUUCUGCGUGUACGAAAUAUGCAAACAGCUUUUCCGCAUGGAGCAAAACCCGCCAAACUCGCAACCAAACUCACGCUUGGAGCAAAACCCGCCAAACUCUCAACAAAACUCACGGAAGGAGCACACAUACAACUUGCAAAGAAACUCGAACUCACAAAAAACAGCAGAAAACUCAACAGAAAAAACACAAAACUCCAAACUUUCCUGACCAAUGCUUGGACAGAAUCUGCAAUGAAAGAUUAUGUAAGGACAGAAUCUGCAAUGUAAGAUUAUGUAAGGACAGAAUCUGCAAUGUUAGAUAUUUUAUGAAAGGACAGAAUCUGCAAUGUAAGAUUAUGUAAGGACAGAAUCCACAUAUUUAAUGAAAGAUUAAAGGACAUGUAGAAUCUGCAAUGUCAACAUCAGGCUGCAUUGUAGCAAGUGUAGCAUGUUUUUAACCAGAUUUUAACUGACAAAAGUUUUAUGUACUUACAUAUAAGGGCACCAGCAGCCACUGUAGUGGCCUUAAGGCCAUACCAAUUUAAUUUGUUGGUUCUUAGAUUUUUGUCAGGAAAAAUAUGAAGCGACACGGCAAAAAAAUGAAAAUAAAAACAGGUCUAGGCAUCCUAUUAUUGCCCCAAAUGCUUUGGUAGGAGCCAUGAAGUCAACACAAAAGGCUGGGUUAAUAUUUAAACGAUUAAUUUUAAACUUUUAAUCAAACCACUGCAUUGAUAGAUUGAAAAACUGUGAGAACUAAAAAGAAAAGGACUUUCCUCAACUGUUGCGGGCAAAAUAUGAGCAUAUUUUAGUUGAUUCAGAACCAGAAUCUUUUUUUUUUUUGAAAUCAGAAAAGUAGGAAGAGGCGAAUCCAAGAACCAAAGAAUUGAAUUGGUGUGGCUUUAUCAAUAUCAGUAUUGGCAUAUUUAUGAAUUCUAUUUAUUUGUUGCGUAUCGCAACAGCAGCCUUCUGCCUCCCUUGAAACUAGAGCAAAUUUAUUUUUAUCAAAUGCAAUUUUGUAGGAGGUAAUCAGUCAGGAACAUGGUGUCUUUGUCCUUGGGCAAACGUGUGUGCACCAAGGUACAGACUUCCCCCGACUCUGUUCUCAUGUUGAUUUUCCAGACGAAACUCGUGUUUAGGAUCAUAGUGAUGGUUUCUCCAAGCUUUUAAUGAGAACCUUGAACUCAAGAAAUUUAAUCAUGGAGAGUUUGUUUGAACACAUAAUGAGAAAUUAGUUGUAGGUUCACAGUGCAGUAAACUCUAUAACGUCAAAGGUUUUAGUAUCAUAUUUUUGCAGCUCAUUUAGUUAAUUUAUGUCUGUUGUUUCAGGAAAUGUGCUGUUGAAUGAUUUUGUUAUUUCUGAGGAUGAACUUUUACCCCCCAGCACUGCAAAACGCCAGAUUAAACAAUGUUAGACAACAUGUAUCCCAGGUGGUUUUUCUUCCUACCACAAAAUAAACUGUGUGGAACUGACAACUGCCGUUUGCCUUUAGUGUGUGCUGAUGUUAGGGGGUUAAGUUAGGUCCUGUGAGUGUAAGUAGCGGCAACUUUUUGUCACAAUGUUUCAUGGAAUAUACAUGUAGUUGUGAGCUUCAGCAACAAGUCUUGUCACGUGGCUUCUUUGAAGUGUGACGUCAACCAGAGUGACUGGUCGAAAGCUCUAGGUGAGAGAACUUUUGUGUUGGAUCUUAAGUUUUAACUCUAAACAUAGUAACACCAACACAGAUGAACUUUCAUGAGAGGACAAAAACCUUUUCCUUCCCAGGCACACGUUUCGUUAAGUUUCAUGAACGUGUUUUCUUAUCAUCUUAAUUGGUAAUUACGUAUUUGUGAAUUUGUAUUUCAUGAAUCCAGGAAGAAUAGGUUAGAUGUUUAAUCUAAUCUAAUGGAUUUUCAUCAAACAUCACACACAGACGGAACAGAACCAGCGAACUGUUUGGACGACAACUGCAUCUUUAUUUCAACUACAAAUGAAACAAAACAGGAAUAAUGAUUAUGAAUAUAGUGCCAGCUACAGUCUACAAUGUUUGAAGCAAGCGAAGGUUUUAAGCUUUAGACCCCUCAGCAUUGCUAAUGUUGUGAUGGAAAAGGUUUAGGAUAGGUUUAUCAUUGACGGUGUUUUACCACAAAUGUUCCUUUUUGCAGCUUAUAUGAAACUUACUAAUACCAUUUGAAAUGGACACAGUCUGUAUGCUAUGUGACAAUGCGAUGUAGCGAUGCUAUGUAAUGAUGCUAUGUAGCGAUGCCAUGUAGCGAUGCCAUAAAGCGUUGCUAUGUAGCGAUGCUUCGUAUUA